AUAUAUUCAGUAUAUAUAUAUAUUAUAUAUAUAUAUAUAUAAAUAAGUACUCCCACAAGCUUUACAGGUAUUAGAGUUGUUGAACCAGACUGUGGUGGAUCUAAUCAGUAGAAACAACAAAAAAUGGACAACAUACUACGUCUUUUUAUUCUUUUUUCUAUGUUGACUGCUUUACUAGCGUACAGUACGUAUACAUUAAUAUUUAUUAUUUAUACAUUUCGGUAAAUAUAAAUCCCUUUUCAGAGACUUAUUUUAUGCAAGAUGAUGAAUAUUGUGUCGGGGUCAUAUUAUAAAAAGGAUAAAAGAUGCUUUACCACAAUAAAGCCAAACCCUGGAAAAGGUCUUAUACUUACGAUUCGCAGACUUCAUAUGAGAUCUGGAUUUUGGUUUGAUGUUGGAAGGUGUAGCAGAUAUGAUUAUGUCAUCGUUAAAGGGGCAAGAACCUGGGGAUUUUGUGGCUCAGGAAGCGAUUUGAAGUAUGAUAUAUUUAGUGAACCUUCGUCUGGAGAAAUUACUAUUGAAUUCAACACAAUAGACAGACCAACUAUUUGGAGAUAUGAGGGAUUUUAUUUUAUUAUUACCGAAUAUUCAUUAAGCAGUUUUAAAAACAGUUUUGAAUGUAAAAGGCAAGACAGAUUCAUUUCGGACAGUGUAAAAUGUGAUGGAUAUAAUAACUGUGGAGACAAGUCUGACGAAGGCUUUGCAUGGGGAGCAAAAUGCAAAUUAUCGACCCCAGCUAUUAUCGGAAUUGCAAUUGGAGGAGUUAUAUUGUUGAUUCUUAUUGUGGGAACGAUUGCGCUUUGUUGCAAGAAAUCAUCGUCAAGAAAAGAAGUACCUACGACAACUCACGUAUAUGCCACACCUCAACCAGUUCAACAACCGGGAGCUUACCAGCAACCAGGAGCUUACCAGCAACCAGGGACAUACCCUCCUCCAGGAACUCAACCUUACUAUAAUCAAUCAGCUCCUCCCUAUUCAAAUUAG